AUGUUUUGUAGAGCUCAUAAACAGUUAUCACCUGAAGAAUUACAGUUUUUCUUAACUGGUGCUGUUGGUCUUGAAAACAAAAUUAAGAAACCUGCACCGUGGAUUCCUGAUAAUGCUUGGGAUAAUUUAUGUUAUUUGUCAGAAAUGACAGCUUUUGAUAAUUUUAUAGAAAGUUUCCAAGAUCAUCUCUAUAACUGGCAGGAAGUUUAUGAAACUAAGGAUCCGUGUUCUUAUCCCUUUCCUCAACCUUGGCAAGAAAAAUUGAAGGAAUUUCAGAAAAUGUUAAUUUUACGCUGCUUAAGACCAGAAAAGGUUAUACAAAUGAUAUCAAAAUUUAUCGAUAAUAAUCUGGGGAGAAGAUUUACACAUCCACCACCUUCUGAUUUAGAACAUUAUUAUGAAGAUUCUUCACAAGUUCUGCCACUUGUUUUUAUUUUGUCACCCGGAGCUGAUCCCUUGUCAACAUUAUGGAAAUUUGCUGAAAGCAAAGGAAUUCACAGUAAUAAUUUUGAAACAAUUUCUCUUGGACAAGGACAGGGUCCAAAAGCUGAAGAUAUGAUUGAAAGAUGUCGAAAGAAAAGAUCUUGGGUUCUUAUCCAAAAUUGUCAUUUGGCUGAAUCAUGGAUGAAUACUCUUGAACAAAUCUGUGAAUCAUUUGCAGUUGAAAACACUCAUAAAGAUUUUAGAUUAUGGCUUACAACAUAUCCUUCUAAAAUGUUUCCAGUUUCUAUUUUACAAAGCAGUGUUAAAAUCAUUCAUGAAACCCCCACUGGUUUACGUCAAAAUCUGUUAUGGUCUUAUUUAAGUGAUCCAAUUAAUACAGAAGAAUUCUUCAUGUCAGGGCUAAAAGAAAAAGAGGUAAUAUUUCAUUUAAAGUGUUUCAUUUAUAAAAAAACGUGACUUUUAUUUUAUAUGUGUAGCAUUAGCUUAUUAUAGAAAUCAAAUUUAUCUGAAAUAAGCAAAUAAGAUUUAAACAAGGAUAAUAUUAAAGCUAUCCAUAGUUCUAUUAAUCCUCUUGUCAUUUUGUUGUGAUGAUUCAAUGGGAG